AGGAAGCAGAGGCGUCGGCCUCUAGUUGCAGGGUGUCUCUAGCUACUGGACUCCGGGAUGCUUCCCUCACACUCUCGCGAGAUUUCCCAGGGAUCCGGCACUGGGACGCAGCUUCUAAAAGUCCAGGAGCUCUUUCGAGCCAACUCAACAAACUAGGAAUCACAGAUCUUACAAGCUGAGUUCUGGCUGCUCCAGUUGGAAGCCCACAUGCCAAACUGCUCUGGAGUCGCCGGAGGCAUCAGCAGAUCCCAGCCGAGCCUUGAGUGAGGACUGUGAUCUGCCUUACGGGUCACCUCACUCAGGACUCAGCGCUCGCACGUUGCAGCAGCUCCAGACCCCACUGCUACCGGAAAGUUACAGGUACCGGAACCGAGAAGACCAGCGCGGCCCAGGAACCGCGCCUGAAUGAAUGAUGCAAUCUGCCACAGGAGAAUCAUCUGGAGAAGAUAAGAAAAUUCUCCAAACCGGGAGCUGAAGUGGCUUGACUUUGCUAUCCUUUCCAUAGAAAUAGUAUUACAAAUAAAUAGCCAUAUUCAGUUAUAAAGGAAUAGCUUUAAUUUGGGUGUUAAAUCUUUCAUUCAUUAAAUUUGUUCGUUUUCUUUAAGUAAGUGUGCGUCUGUGUGUGUGUGUGUGUGUGUGUGUGUGUGUGUGUGUGUACCUUCAGAGGCCAAAGGUGUCAGAUCCCCAGGAGCUGGAGUUACAGAACGUUGGGAACUGACCCCUGUGACCCAGGUGGGUGGCAUUCGCGCAAACUCCUAUUCUCUGCAGGAACAGCAAGCAAACUGAACCACUGAGUCAUCUCUCCAGCCCCGAUUAUACUUUCUUUCCUGUGAAUCUUGCAUAUUAUAUUUACUUGUGUGUGUGUUAGCACAGUCUGGCCUGGAACUCCUGAUCCUCUUACUUCCAUUUCCCAAGGGCUUAAAGCUUAUGGGUUGGUGGACAUUUGGGCAAUCACACCCAAAAACACCCAUGAAAAUGUUUCUCUCCUACCAGCCUUUAUUUUUCUUGGUGACUCUCUAAGAGCAGGGGCACUGGGGCUUGUAAGUAAGUCUAUGUUUAACCUACAAGAAUUUUGCUGUAGUUUUUGCCCCCAGCAGUGCAUGUGAGUUCUGGCUGUGAUAUGUCCUCAGUACUUGUAUCUUCUCUCAAAUUCUCCUCAUUUCUUACAUAGCUUCCAUUUUGAAAGGUGUAGUCUUUUUUUUUUUUUUUGAGACAGAGUGUGUGUAGCCUAGCCUAGGCUGCCUGAAACUCGAAAAUUCCUUCCGUAGUCCAGGCUGGUUUGAACUUGCAGCGAUCUUGCUUCCAUAGUCUUGGGUCCACUUUCUUUCUUUGGUAUUUCUAGACAAGGGUACUCUGUGUAGCCCUGGGUGUCCUGGAACUCUCUCUAUAGACCAAGCUGGCCUCGAACUCAGAGAUUUGCCUGCCUCUGCCUUCAGAGUGCUGGGAUAAAAUGUCUGUGCCACCAUGGCCCGGCUUAUUUAUUUAUUUAUUUAUUUAUCAAAAGACAGGGCUGCUCACUUGCUUGGAACUUGCCAAUUAGGCUGAGCUGGCUAAGCCCACAGGGCAGUGCACUUGGCUGCCGACCACACCUACAGUCCAGCUCCUCUUCCCUUAUUCUAUAGUUUCCAGUUUUUGAGACAGGAUUAAAACUCAGGUCAAUUCUCCUGCCUCAGGCUUCCUUAACUCCUCGAAUGUUGAACUUCCAGGUAUGAGGCAUCACACACGUGUGUGUCUCAUUCUGAAGGCAGCAGGGACUGUUGGGUCUGCCGCAGACUCCAGUCGGCUUGUUCCGUAGCUGCGUAUUGUUCUCCAAGCAGGUCCUUUGCAGGUCCUCUUCCUGACCCUUCUCUUUAUAAUCUGCUCAUAGGUAUGGCAACUGCUGGAUGUGGCAGAGCGGAAGCCACGGGCAAUGCCAUAGUUACUGCUCUGCAGUGCUCCAGCAUCUUCCAGAGGAAGCAGUUUUAGGAAACUUUGAGUUGGAACCAUUGUUGGAACCAUCUUACUAGGAGGUCAAUCAGCCCCCCUCCCUCUUUUCUUUUUGACAGUCUCAAUUAAUCCAGGCAUGCCUUGAACCAUAAACUCCCUACGUAGCCUUGAACUUCUGACCCUCUGAACUGACUCUGCCCCUGAGUUCUGGGAUUAAGGUGUAGGUCACCCGUGGUUUCUGUGCUUCAGAGGGCACAAUCCCUGGCUUGCUCUGUGCUAGCCAAAUGCUUUACCAACUGGACCACAAUGCGUAGCUCCUUUACCACCCUGCCAGUCUGUUCCUGGUUGUUCAUUUUCCUCAUGUUUUGUUUUUUAGUCUCUUGCAAAACCCACAGAUCUUCCUUUAAAAACCUCUAAGCUGAGGUUUAUGGUGCAUUUUUAACCAACAAAGGAAGGGGAAGAGAAAGACUCCAGCACACUGGAGAAUCGAGGAAAACUUCCCAGGAUGGUCUCCCACUCAGAGCUGAGGAAGCUCUUCUGUUCAGCGGAUGCAGUGUGCUUUGAUGUUGAUAGCACCGUCAUCAGAGAAGAAGGAAUCGAUGAGCUGGCCAAAUUCUGUGGUGUGGAGGCCGCAGUGUCUGAAAUGACACGGAGAGCCAUGGGAGGAGCAUUGCCUUUUAAAGACGCGCUCACUCAGCGCCUGGCACUGAUCCAGCCCUCCAGGGAUCAAGUCCAGAGGCUCCUAGCUGAGCACCCGCCACAUCUGACUCCUGGCAUAAGGGAGCUGGUAAGCCGCCUCCAGGAGCGUAAUGUCCAGGUGUUCCUCAUCUCUGGUGGCUUUCGGAGCAUUGUGGAGCACGUUGCUGCAAAGCUCAAUAUCCCAACAACCAAUGUGUUUGCCAAUAGGCUGAAGUUCUACUUUAAUGGUGAGUACGCAGGUUUUGAUGAGAUGCAGCCGACAGCCGAGUCGGGUGGGAAAGGAAAGGUUAUUCGGUUUUUAAAGGAAAAAUUUCACUUUAAGAAAAUAAUCAUGAUUGGAGAUGGAGCUACGGACAUGGAAGCCUGUCCUCCUGCUGAUGCUUUCAUUGGCUUUGGAGGCAAUGUGAUCAGGCAGCAGGUUAAGGACAACGCCAAGUGGUACAUCACUGACUUCGUGGAGCUGCUGGGAGAACUGGAGGAGUGAGCUUGACUUCCCGCUCACUCAGAACAACUCCACCUUCUCAAAGCCACACAGUUAGGCUCCUGGGAGAAUCUAGGAGACAGCUAUUUUUUUCUACUGUAGUUCUAAUAUUAAUAUGACUACUAAUUACAUGGAGAAUUUUAUACUCUGAAUUCUUUGUGUAUAUUCUUACAAACAUUUUACUUGUAGCUUUCUGAGGUGCACAGUAAAUUAAAGACUUUUACUCUUGCAACAUG